AGUACCCCCUCCCUUUCCUGUAAUAGUAUCGUCCAGAGGCUAUAUAAAUACUCCGCCGAGCGCUCCUCUUCCGGAGCAAUGUGUGCAGCUUCGGUUGCUAUGGAACCGUAAAACGAAGGUGAAACGAAGAUGGUAUUAAUGCAUCCAACCAAAUGAGGUGUGGAGGCCACACGGAAUAAAUCAUGCCAGGUGUCUGACAAAACUGCUCUACAUGUCUGUUCCUGGAUCAGCGCAACCAUUAUGGUGACACUUAUCACAGAGCAGCUCCGAAAGCAAAGUCUGGAAGAACCUUAUCACAAGGCUUUCAAUACACUCCCUGCAUUAGGCUCCAGCCCCGCAAUCUCCUGGAAUGCAUGCAAAUCAGCGCAAGAGAGCAGCUUUGCUGCACAGCCAUCAUUCAAAGCCAAACCACUUGAUGCAACAUGUGGACUGGAUUCCAUUACAGCCAACACUUUUCAGAGCUCCCCACCGCCACCCCCUCCAAAACGCCACUGUCGCUCCCUGUCUGUUCCAGAGGACCUGUCUCAGUGCCGCUCCACGUGGUAUCCUUGUGCAUCCAAAGUUUGGACCCCAGUAAAACGCGUCAGCCAAAGUGUCGGAACGGCUCAUUUAGGCUUAGUUGGCAGCUCGAUGCCUUUUUGCGGUCCCACGACCGUCUCAGAGUCAUCCUCUCGACAUUCCUCCUCGAGCCCUACUUUCUUUAGCUUAGCAUUAUCUGCCGACUCACCGCUGUCGUGGAGCUUUCCAUGGGACCCAUGUGACUCACCAAAAACAACCUGCUCUUCAUCAUUCGCCACCCCAUCCUCUUGCUCCUCAUCCCCGACACCCUUAGUCGGCCACUCUGUGCUGCACCGCUGCUACUCCCUGUCGCCUCUGCAAGUACUGAACACGUCAGUGUUGUCCCAGCAGCCACAGCUGGCCCACACUUCUGCUCUGUCGUAUGGGCGCUUGGGCAUGGAGUGCCCAGCUUUGUCUGCUUCCCCUACUUCAGCCUGUAGCACACCAUCCUCCUCUCGACGCGACGUGUGCCCCGCACUACCACGAUGCCACUCACAGCCUUGCGACAUGCGCAGACCUCGCUUGAAGCGGCGCCACGACCCAGAUGUGUUACCUGGCCCCAGGCCGGGGCUUGACUUCAGUAAGAUGACACAGAUUGGCAAUGGGGUGGCCCUAGUCUCGGGUUCAGGUGCUUGCGUGGCUCUGAUCCAUUCCCAAACGAAACAUAACUCUCCUGUGGAGCUCCUGGGUCAUGCCAGCAUCAGACCACUGAGUGAAAGUGAAGAAGAGGAUGAAGAUGAUACCAUAAAAAGAACUGUGACGCCUGAGGCCCAUUUGCUCUUUGAACGGGACUGCACAGAACUCGACUUGAACCUCAUAGAAGAAAACUGAUGAUCGAGGGAAACUCCGCUUCCUGUGGUCACAGCUUCCUUUACUAUGUUAAGCACACUUGUUACAUGCUCUCCGGCUCAGGCUUAUGACAAGAGUAAAGAUAGAAUCAGUUUGCAGUUAUAAACAAACCACUUGCAAGCUAGUUACUGUUUCAAAA